ACUGCUUCAUGUUGCAACACAAACGCCAGAGCUUGUGUGUAGUCAUCUUUAGGAGAAAACAGACAUCUUUUAUCUUUUACCCCCCUUUUUCUGAGACAAACUGAACCGCAAAGGAUUAUUACAAACCACGGACGGAUUAUAAUAGAGGAAAUUUGUGUGGGGAAAAAACCACCACAAUCAAUAUAAUACUAAUAAUCGCUUUUGUCACGUGAUUGGAGUAGACCAAUCGGAGCGAGCUGGAAAGCAUGCUUCUUUGUUCGGAUAUUUUGCCAACUUUACCCCCAAAAUCUGCCCCUGUUUUUCUGCAGAAAUCACCCGAUGUGGAGACAGAGGGGGUGUUUUUUUUUUUUAGGAGAAAAGGACAAACAGUGGAUACUUUUCUUAUGGCGUUUUGCUGCUCCUUUUUUUGCAGUAUGCCACGUGUUCAGGGCUCAUUUUCUUUUUCUUUUUUGUAAAUCACAUGACUAUCCCUCCCUUCCCCUCCCCCCUCCACCCCGGCGGCGGGGAAUGGGAGAAGAAGGCGGACAUGUUUGAGGGGAAAUGUGUUGGUGUUAAAAAGUAUCGAGGUGGAAGACAAGAAGAUUAUGUGAAGACAGGUUUCUCGCUUUUUAUCUUUUUGGGGAUUUACCUUUUUAUUUUUAUAUCUUUUACAUUUUGUUUAUAUGAAGUUUUUUUUUUAUGUCGAACAUUGGAAAUAUUUAUUUAUUUAUUUUUUAAAUCAAAAAAUGUGUUUAAGUGUGUUUUAAAGUUAUCACACCCUUUUUUAUUUAUUAAGAUUUAAUAAUGUUAGGGUGUAAUUGUUAGUUUCCAUCGUUUUAUUUUGAGUGACAUUGCAGAGGGGGAUUUGUAACCUUGGUGUGGGGGAUGGGCGCGUGUGGUUAGGUAACCUAUUUUAUGUGGUUGUUAAGUUUGUUAAAUGUUGAUUUUCAAGAUAAGAAACCUUUGUUAAGAUGUGUUAUUUUGGUGGGUUUUUUGAUAGGUUUUUAUUGCUUUAGUUUUAAUCUUAUAGUCUCAUUGGCUCUUUAGAGGUCAGGUAUGAUAAAUGUAAUUUCAAGCUCAUAACACACCAACUUUCUUGUGUUUUCUCUUCUUUUUAAUUUGUUAGUGUGAUGUUUGAUUAAGUCAUUAAAUGUAGUUUCAGGGCAGUGAGGGGGAAAAACUGCUGUGUCAUUCAGUGGAUUUGUGGAUUUUUUUUUUUGAGGCCGUGCAUGAUGUUUUGAUACUUUUGCGUUGUUGGUAUAGUUAAUUUAAUAUAGAUUACAGUAGAUUUAGUGAAAAUUGUAAAUUGUCUUUUAUUCUGUUUGGAUCUUUGCUUGUUUGUGAGGCGUGGAGGCCCUCUGGUUAGGACUGGAUAGGUCCUCAAAAUGUGGCCUUUUUUCCCUGCACUUCUGCAUUUAACGUAGUGCAUUCCGUGUACAAGCGACUUAUGCAGCGUUUUGUAACGUUAGCUUGAUGUUUUUUCUUGCGUACUUUAAAUUAUUCGACGAUAACACUUUCGUGUCAUUGUACUUAAAGAUGGCGCCUCUUCUCAGACACAGAAAUGCGGAUGUUCGGGUAAGAAGAGAGCUCGUGGGGAGAGGCUCUUGCAGGGGAUGCGCGUGACCCAGUGGAAGAACCAAUAGGCUUCUUGGUAUGCGCCCUGGAAGCCCGCGUUACAGCCCUUCUGGCCAAUCACCGCCGUCGCUUAGAACACGUUGACGUAAUGUAAUAUGAUAAGGAGGAGGCUGACUCUUGUCCCUUCGUUGUUUGUGGCGGAUUACACGGAGCAGCCAAUCAGAGAGCGCGUUUCUGUGAGACUUAACAGACUCGGCCAAUAGUAUUGCGCAGUUUCCUUGACAGACAGCAAGAACUUGCGAAUAGGUUGGCCCGAAACACAGUCACUGACGCGUCAGAGCGGCGGGGUGUGGUGACUUUGACGGACAGCGCAAGCAGCCAAUAGGAACUCAGAAGGCGUGUACGUUCUGAGGUAGUCUAUCCAAUAAGGGGGACGGUUGGUGUAUAAAAGAACGGGUGUAGUCGCAUCGUCGCCAUUUCAACGAAGCAGAUUGAGGUAGUUUGCUACGGCGGGGAGCGGAGAAACCGGACGAACAGAGUCGGAUCCUGGGUUGAGUCUAGCUAAAAAACAGAAUCCGGAUCCAUCCCGAUGGAUAUGGCUGUUAACCCGCUCCUUGACAGCUCCCAUGUCGGGCUUGAGGUCGGGUUAAUGGGAGUCUCGACGAUGGAUCAGGGUUCUGGCGCUGCCGGAAAACGCAUCCGGAAACCUUCCCUGCUUUAUGAGGGCUUUGAGAGUCCCGGGAUGCAAGGCAUUAAUCAGAUGAACCAUUCAGGACCUCCGCAGCCCCUGGUGAAAGAUCCCAGCCGACAGGGGAGGAUGACGAACCAACUCCAGUUCCUACAGAAAGUCCUGCUCAAGUCAUUGUGGAGGCACCACUUCGCGUGGCCCUUUCAUGAACCCGUAGACACUGUCAAGCUCAGCCUUCCUGACUAUUACAAGAUCAUCAAAAUCCCCAUGGACAUGGGCACUAUUAAGAAGAGACUAGAAAAUAACUACUACCGCAGUGCCAGUGAAUGCAUGCAGGACUUCAACACCAUGUUUACCAACUGCUACAUUUAUAACAAGCCUACAGAUGACAUAGUGCUGAUGGCGCAGUCUCUGGAGAAGGCGUUUCUGCAGAAAGUGGCUCAGAUGCCCCAGGAUGAGUUAGAGCUGGGCCCUCCCCCUCCACGGAUUAAACCGGGCAAAGUAGGCAAAAAAGGCAGAGGAGGUGCAGUCUCUGGUGGAGUGACAACAGCUCAUCAGGUCCCAGCAGUCUCCCAGUCAGCAUACUCGCCCCCGACCCCAGAAACGCCUGACUCCAUCCUCUCCACCCCACCACAGACGCUUCUGAGCAAGAGCCUGCCCAUUACCCAAGCAACAGAACAGAGCACACCAACCAUUACGGGUCUGCCUCCCACACAGCCCACCGCAAAGAAAAAAGGUGUGAAGAGGAAAGCAGACACAACCACCCCGAUAACCGUAGCCAUGCCCAUCAUGAGUACCAUGGGCGUCAGCGGCAUCAGCCUGGGGAUGGGCGGCGGGCACGACUCCCCACUCACCCUCACUUCUCUGGGGAUGGACCACAGCUCCGUCAUGGGGAUGGGUCAAGGCCUCAGCCUCAGUCAGAGCAUGGGGAUGGGCAUGGGGAUGGGCAUCGGCAUGGGCAUGGGCCGUGGGACAGUAAUGAUGAACACCAACGCAGCAGGAGGGGCCAGGAGAGGAGUGAGUGGACGGCCCAUUAAGCCUCCUAAGAAGGAUUUACCAGAUUCCAUUCUGCCCACACCGGUGCGCCGCAGCAAGCUGAGCCCCCAGCUGCGCUACUGCAGCGGCGUCCUGAAGGAGCUGCUGACCAAGAAGCACGCAGCCUACGCCUGGCCGUUCUACAAGCCCGUCGACGCCACAACGCUCGGUCUCCAUGACUACCACGACAUAAUCAAACAGCCCAUGGACCUCAGCACCAUUAAGCGGAAGAUGGACAGCAGAGAGUAUCGUGACUCCCAGCAGUUCUCUGCAGAUGUCAGACUGAUGUUCUCCAACUGCUACAAGUAUAACCCCCCCGACCAUGAUGUCGUUGCCAUGGCCCGAAAACUCCAGGAUGUUUUUGAGUUCUGUUUUGCUAAGAUGCCAGACGAGCCCCCGGCACCGCCUAGCUCUUCAUCCUCAUCAUCGUCGUCUUCGUCGUCAUCCGAGAGUGAGCUAAGCAGCGAGAGCGAGGAGAGCGAGAGCAGCCCAAGCUCUGAUUCUGAGGAGGAGAGGGCAAACCGGCUGGCAGAGCUGCAGGAACAGCUAAAAGCCGUACACGAGCAACUCACUGCACUCUCCCAGGGUCCCAUCGUCAAACCCAAGAAAAAGAAGGAGAAGAAGGACAAGAAAAAGAAGAAGAAGGUGGAAAAAGAGAAGCACCGGAGGAUAGAGGAGGAGAUAACACCAGUCCGGCCUCCAAAACCCCCCAAAGUCACCAAGACUCCGAAAACAAAGAGCAACCGAGCAGCGGGCGUUCCUGUGGUGCCGACGAAGAAGGCGCCGAGCAAGAAAAACAACAAGAGCAAAUCCAAAAAGGCCGGCAUGAUGUUUAACAUGCCACAGGCGGUCCCCGAGCCCAUAGUGCCUCACUUCGACUCCGACGAGGAGGAGGAAACGGCACCCAUGUCUUACGACGAGAAGCGUCAGCUCAGCCUGGAUAUCAACAAGCUGCCCGGCGAGAAACUGGGCCGCGUCGUUUACAUCAUCCAGUCCCGUGAGCCGUCGCUACGAGACACCAACCCAGAGGAGAUCGAGAUAGACUUCGAGACGCUGAAACCCUCGACGCUGCGGGAGCUGGAGAGAUACGUCAUGACAUGUCUGAGGAAGAAACCUCGAAAGCCGUAUGCGGCGAGUAAGAACAGUGCAGGCAAGUCCCGUGAAGAGCUCGCUCUGGAGAAACAGAUGGAGCUGGAGAGAAGGCUGAUGGACGUCAGUGGACAACUCAACUCUGGAAAGAAGCCCACUAAACCCAAACAAGAGAAACCUGCAACGGAGGCUCACACCCAGCCGUCACGUCUCAGCGCCAGCAGUUCCUCCUCAGACUCCUCUUCGUCAUCCUCUUCCUCCUCAUCCUCAGACACAAGCGAAUCAGACUCCGGCUGAGAGGCAGAGGGGUUUCUACGGAGAGAAAAAAGGGUUGUGUGACGGACCCUGUUGUGUAUCGCUUCCCACCAAGUGGACUGAACUGUAGUAGAGCUACUGACGACGGAGCCGCAGGGCGGAUCAGACGAGACCAGCGACUAAGCAGAACUGGUCCGACUCUACAAUAAGUGUCGAACUAAGAAAGAAAGAAAGAGAGAGAGAUGGGGCUUUCCCUGCGCUCUGCUGGCUCAUCCAUUUGUGUGACGGACAUAGAACAGUUGAGGAUGAAUGGAUGGAGAGGAGGAGACUCGUUGCAAAGUCCCGUCGUUCUCUGGAGGACUGUCCUCGUGGGGCGGAGCGAGGGACGCUCCAUCUCCUGCAAAUUAGAAAAUUAAAAAAGGAGAAGAGUGACGCAUGUGUUAGAGGGAUAAGGGUGCUAGAACCAGAAUCUGUCUUAUUUCUGGAGAUGAUUUCCCUUCUUACCAUGCUCCCUGUCUUUAUGCUGUAUAGUUAUAAAGGUGUACAGUUAUAUAAAUAUCUAUUUUCUUUUAUAAAGAAGCAUUUUAUGGAGCAAAUUUAUUCCCUCAUUCUGGGAAAGAUUAACUGGUGUGGGCGGAGUUGUGUUUUAGUAGUUUUUUUUUGUUUUUUUUUCUCGAGUGACACAGAAAGUAGAGGGGAAACAAGUGUUCGUGUCUGUGUGUGUGUGUGAGUAAGUGAGUGUCUGUUUGUCUGUCUGUGUGUGUGUGUGUGUGUGUGUGUGUGUGUGUGUGUGUGUGUGUGUGUGUGUGUGUGUGUGUGUGUGUGUGUGUGUGUGUGUGUGUGUGUGUGUGUGUGUGUGUGUGUGUGUGUGUGUGUGUGAAUGUGUCACGUACUGUAUGUGUGUUUUGCAUGCACAUGUUGCGAGUGUUAGAUCCGGCACCACAAGUGCAGCCUUGUGAGAGUUCCUCAAAAGUCUUGACGCAGGCGUUUUGGAAAAAUCGUUCUGCACGCAGAAGCACCUUGGUUGAGUAGAAAACAGAAUGCAUGCAAUACGGAGGAGCUGACGAACAUUUGCAUACUCGUGUGUACUACUUUACUGCAUCCUUGUGUACUCAUGUACUUCUAUUUUUGAAAAGGGUCGGCCACUGUACAGAAAUGUGACAUACCGUAGUUCAGUUUCUAAGUUAAUAUUUCUGUUCCCAUGUGUGCUGUCUUUUUUCCCCCCCCUUCCCCCCCCUUUUUUGUUUUGUUUCCAUUUCCAAUUUCUCUGUAAACAUGUGUUGCUUUUUUUUUCUUCUUCUUCUCCUUGUGACCAAUCUGCUAAUAAAUUGUGAGGACGUGUCUUGUCCGCUCACUCGUGCCCAAAUAACAUCUUGGUUCUUUUGAUUUCUUUUGGGUUUUUUGUGUGUGUGUGUGUUCAGGUCUUGGUUUUUCAGUUUUUAGUCACAACACUUUUGACUAGACUUAUUUUUAGUAGCGAAAAAUUUGCCCGAUCACGACUCAUCACUUCUUAACACAACAUAGUGUCACAAUAUCAAAAAUUUACUUUAAAAGAGUUAAAGAAUUUGGCCUUUUGAGAUCUACGGCAGCUGAAAGUUGUAUUUUCUGUGUUGAGAUUAAGUUCAUUUAUUUGUGUGAUUUAAAACAUUAGAAGGUUGGGAAGGAAAAAAAAAAAAAGGCUUUUAAACAUUUUAAAUGGUGGGAUCCAGCAGCCAGUUUAACCAGUAAACAGAAAAAGGUGGUUUAAUGUAAUGUUUGUUCUGGUGGUACUAAACAGAUUUGUGGUUUAGAGUAAGGUGUGUAUCGGUUGUUUUUAAUUAUUAUUAUUUUCUUUAUAAAUCAUCUGUGGCUUGAGAUUGGAGUAUUGUGUUUUACUUUUGAAAGUGAUUAUUUAUUUAGGAGGAAUUUUUGACUGGAGAAACUUUUUUCAUGAUACUCAAAUUAAUCAAAAGCUUUCUAAAGUCAAGUCUACUCUUAAGAAAUAUGCACAGACUAACUGUCAGGAUUGUAGUAGUGUACAUAUUUUACAGUCUCAAUUUUCAAGCAUGUUUUUUUUCCUUCAGUAAUUUAGCACAACUUUUUUUUUUCUUUUCUUUUUUUGAGCUUCUGUUAUGAGACAAAAUUACUCCACAGAGUUUGUCAGUCUUACCUUUUUCUGAAGUUUGUCAGAAAUCUAAAUGCCUCUGUACUUGACUCCACUUCAUCUGAACAAGUGUACAUAAAAUAAACUGAGAAAUGU